AUGAGCCUCAACCUCCCCACGAGGUUAGCCUCGUCUGCUCCCUCGGCCCUCCAAUCCAUCGCUCGACCGGUCCCUCGAUCUUUUAUUUUGCCUCUCCGUUCUUCUACCCAAGUUAGAAACAAAUGGAGUUUUGGCGGUCUAUUUGGAAACCGUCGUGGUGGCCGUAGCAGCACCGAUGAUUCCAUGACGGGAGGGGAGAACCUCGAUGAUCCCAAAGUCCGUCAGCGUUUUGCUCAGCAACAACAGCCCCAGAUGUCUAGCUCCAUUUUCGAAGAGGAGGUCGAUGAUGCCGUUUUCAAGGGAAAGAUGGGUUCCAAGGCCGACAUGGGGCAGGCUUCUCUGAAGACACCGGAGACUACCGCCUGGCGACUUGACCCUGAUCCGCGAAGCCGUCUGCGCUGGGAGAGAAAGAAGGUCAUCCAGAUGGUUCGUCGGAACGGUCGUGUCAGCCGUUCAGAGCGCAUUGCGCAAACCGAAAAGGAGCUGGCGCACAAGAGUCCCUUUUUGGAGACUAGUGUCAAGAAGCUCGUGCAUCUGGCGCGCCAGAUCCAGGGCAAGACGCUCGAGGAGGCAGUUUUGCAAAUGUCAUAUUCCAAAAAGAAGAUGGCGGCGGAGGUCAAGUACCAGCUGGAAGAGGCAAGGGAUCUCGCUGUUGUUACGCGUGGUAUGGGUAUCGGUCCGGGGAAAGCCAAGAGACAGGGCGGAGAUGCGGAUACAAAGCCCAUCAAGAUCCAGACCAAGGAUGGCAAGGCGUUGACCGUCGAAGACCCAACGAGGCUAUAUGUUGCCCAGGCUUGGGUUGGCAGAGGACCCUGGAGAUCAAAGGAACUCGACUACAAGGGCAGAGGUAGAUUCGGCAUCAUGCAAUCACCUUCCACCAGCAUUUCGGUCGUGCUGAAGGAGGAGAAGACAAGAAUACGGGAGUACAAGGACAAGCUUGCCAAGCAGGCGCGGAGGAAGCCCUGGGUUCACUUGCCUGACCGGCCCGUGACGGCCCAGAGACCUUACUACUCGUGGUAG